AUGCCCAAGAAGCGUUCUUUCAACUUCAAGACACUCCAAGGAACAUCAUCGUCAGCCAGCAAGCAGAGCGGUGGCAGCAAUGACUCCGACAAGAAGUCUGCUACCGUCAACGAACGUCUCGGCGAGCUGAGAAAGCUCCCUGAAAAAGAUGCAGCUCAGAAGAAACGAGAGCUUGCGGAAGCUGUUUCCCAUCAACAUCGGUCAGUGCCACCAGAGCUUCGCCCGAUCCUUGGAGUGUCAGAGAGUGCGCCGCCCAAGCCCAAGCGAGGAAUCAGGAUGAGGCUUCCUGAUCGGACGCCUGGCCCUGCUGCACCCAAGAGCUGGAACAAGAGGCCGGCUUGGAUGCCGACGUCAGCUUUGCGUGGUGGAAGGAAAAGAGUCCUGAAGGGGCGUUUGGCUGACAAUGGACGUACUAGACCUCAUCAACUACUCAGGUUCUCACGCAUGACCGGCCUGGAUCCUGAUGCUCACAAGAGCCCGUCAAGCCUAUUUCAUCUCUCCUUGAAGACUGCCGCGGAAGAAUGGGCGCUUUUCGACGACGAAGACUUGCCUGCCCUAUCCGAGUUGCCGUUGCGCAUACGACUGAGACUUCUCAGCUACCUAGGCUUCUAUGGGCCACCGAUCGGCGUUUCAGCGCUCGAAGCACUAACACACGGCAUUGAGCCAGUGGAUCAACUAGACCUAGCUGGCUUGAUUGGGCAUGGAGGCCUCACUCUCCACCGUCUUGUCAAGCUUCUCAAGCAACAAGCCAGCAAAGUGGUCGAGACAGCUGAGGUCGAGGAGGUAGCAGAGUCAUGGGAUCAGGACGACAGCUUUGAGGCGGCUUUGACUCGUCAGCCAUCAACAUCUCGAUUCUCGCAGCUGACGCACCUCUGUCUUUCGCACCCGCCUGCUGGACCGGCCUGGCAGGAUCUCUUAUCUCUGUCAAAGCAACUGCCCAGUAUCACACAUCUCUCUUUAGCCUACUGGCCUCGUCCAACGCUCACGCCGAACCUCGCCACCACAACAGUGUCGAGCCAGCACAGCCCAGAUGUCUCUGCUGGAGGUUCUCACUACUAUUCGGCAAUCGACAACGAUCUCAGUGAGCCCGCAUCUAUUCUCCGACAAUUAAGUGGUAGUUCCUUGCGCUUGCAGUGGCUCGAUCUUGAAGGUUGCACAGAGUGGGUCCAGGCGUUAUCCUACGAGCACACAGAAGACAAUCGGCUCUUACAGGAUGCAAUCGAUGCACCUUCGUGGUCGACAACACCUCCCGUGACCACCAUUUUCGCCCACAACUGGAAGAAUCUUCAAUAUCUCAACUUCGCACAAGGCUGGCUGCCCACCGUCCCCGCAGUGCAAGGCUUGCCGAAACAGACUAUGCCUUUCCGUCAGAGAGCCGUCGCAGAUGCCUACUUGAAGCACGGCGACAUCUGCCUCCUCUCCGAGGCUGCUGGCGAGGACAUGUACGAGGUGGAAAAGCGGAGAGCUGAGAUUUGGCUUCAGAUUGAGGACAAAGCGGUGGAAGCUGCAAGAAGGAUCGCCCAGACUCGCCGUGCACAUGCCUGCAGGCACAUCUUCAUUGACCAUGGGUGGGAGCGGAGAGCAGUAUAA